AUGGAUGCUACAAACAUUCUAGCGCAAGUUGAAAUGGCCAAGCUAUCAGCGGAACACACGAUUGCAGAUGUUAAUGAGCAUGGGGAUUUAAGUUUUUCAAUAGAAUUUCAAUAUGAACUUCAAGUUAAAUAUAAUCAAAUACAAACAUUAAAUAAAAUAAUUUUGAAAAAAUAUGAAUUAGAGAGAAAUAAAAAAUAUGAUGAUCUAUAUUUGUUGCGUAUUUUAUUAAGCGACAUAUUCCAAUGGAUAACCACAAUAGACGGUGGAAUGGACAACAGCAUAGCAGCGUAUUUUUUUUAUUUGAUGUUAAAACCAAUGCAGACAUUGGGACGAAUGUGUCCAUUUAUUACUGACGACGUUAUGACUUCGAUACCAUUCAUAACAGAAAAUAAAGGAUUUAAAGAAGCUUUUAAACCAAUUGAUAAAAUGUUCAAUCCACCACUAUACGUUCCAAAGAAUGAGACAAGUCAAGGUAAAUAG